UCCACCUGCUUCGACGAUCGGUCGAUGUCUCGGACGCAUUGACUUACUGUGCUUGGCUUUCGUUGUCCUCCCCGUAAUUCCGGUGCAAGAAAGAUCUCAUCGAAAAGAAUACUCACUUACUGUGACACUCUGUUUGGUUAAGAGGUAUUCCGCCCUGCCAGACCAUGCGCACUGUCUACUUGCUGGUUUUGACAGGAUUUCUGGCCAUUACUGGCCUGGCUUUCCUCAUUGCUGGAAUCGUACUCCUAAGCAAAGGUGAUGCAUCAUGCCCGGGUAGAAUAUCUCCUAACAAAGCAGAGAGAUGUUCCUACUCUGAGGAGGCCAUUACCAAAGGGUUGGACAAGUUCCUCCAGAAAGUACAAGAUAGCUACUACCGGCUUCAUCCAAAUAAAAUCUCCACCAAGCCGAACGUGUCUCCAGCUGAAAUACGAGCAAAAUAUAGGUCUUAUGACCCGUCUCCGAGAAAUAUCAAGAUUAUUACAGAUGAAGCACUGGCCCUUUUGGUUGAAAUAAAUGCAAAAACGUUUCAGUCGCAUAAAUUGAAACCACGUGAAAGGAAGGCUUUGGCUCAGGUGAAGCACUAUUUACAACACAUUUUUGGAACGCCGUACGAUGUUAACUAUUACGCGGGUGAUUUUUAUAUUAACAUGUUUUUUAAUUUCUUCCCACGUUUAUUAGGUGUCUUAGAAGAAGAAUUUGUUAAACGUCUGUUACAACCUGAGUUUCUUGAAGUCCUCAUGAAGAAUUACGAUGAAAUAAGCGUGUGGGAAAAGAAAAACGGAAAGAGUGUGAAUCAGUCCCUAAGAGAAUCUCUUGUGGAGAGCGUUGGUAAACCUAUUGAAGAUUUCUUCACGUAUCUUAGAAGAGAUCAUAUGCAAUAUUGCGUCUCCAGUAACGUGUCCAGCGGUUUGGCCACGCUUCCUCUUCCCUACGUGUAUGUCAACAAUAUCGCUGACAAGUCAAGACCAACGAACAGGUCGCUUCCAACUGGAGAACGGCUGAACGGUAAAGAUUCUUAUAAGCUGAUUGUCUCCUAUUUUACAACAAACACCAUGUCCCCAAAGGAGAUAAAUGACUUAGGAUUCAAGAUGUUAAAUGAACUUUAUCCUCAGGUAUGGCGUGCCUUACGGUUAAUUGUUGACUCUGGUCUGCACUACCAAGGAUUUUCCCGCCAAAAAGCCUUAAAAUUUUUCGCAGACUACGCCUGGGAUAAGAGUGGUGAAGCCCUAAGAGAAGUGACUCGCUACCAAAGCGCACCAGGCCAGGCCACUGCUUAUAUGAUUGGCCAACAG